CGUUAGCGUUACUAUAUAAUUACGUUGUUUAUUGCAGUCCUCCACACGGUGCACAUAUCUCGCUGCCGGGAGGCACACAUAUACUACCGACCCAUAGUGUGAAUGUACUAUUAUUUUCUUACAAAAUACAUAAGUACUAUGUAAUUGAUAUACUUGAAUUCAGGUAUUAAGUAAGGAAAACAAGCAAAGGAAUACAUAAUUGUUAACAAAGCUCACGGUUUGGAAAUUAAAACUUUUGCUUAAUAAAUUUUUGGUUGAAUUAUUUUUUUUAUAAAUGAUCUAGCAAAAUCAAAAUUUUCACUAUCAAUUAAAGUACCUAUGUAUGAUAAAAACACAGGUCGCUGGGUAUAUCUACAUCUACAAUCAAACAAUUUAUAGUUUCAUUUCCCUCAACAACACUUGAUCCACGAGUGCCGCACAAGUAUAUCAUUGACACGAUUCUAGAUAAUGCAGGCGAUAACGAAAACAGUCAUUUGCUUCCUAAGUUUUACCACUGACAUUAUGCAAACAUAACAUGUGGAAUCAAAAUAAAUGGUUCUGUUUGUGCACUAAGAAUGUUAUAAAGUCAUGAAGCUAAAGACAGUGUCUGUCGAACCGACAAGUUGACCUACAGUUGUUGCAACAAAAGCUAGAAAUGUUUGAAAGACUGAGAAGGAAGAGUACACAGAUAGUGAUGGCCAAGAAUGUGGUGUUGGAGAAGAAGCUGCAGAUCCUGAGCGACGAGGGGGGGGUGCAGGGGUUCCACCGCGCGCUGCGGCUCACCAUGCUGGCGCCGCGCCUGCUGGGCAUGCUGCCGCUGAGUGGGUUGACCUGCCCUGACAGCAGCCAGCUGCGAUUUCGUUUAAUUAGCCCUUAUCUACCGAUAUUUAUCUUUGCUCUCUUUGGCCAACUGUUCAUGAUCACAUGCAACCUUUACCGCAUGUUUGAAAUCGGAUGCUCCUUGGGCACAAUAACAAACUGCCUGUUCUACGCGAGCGGUUGCUUCAGCACAAUCUUCAUGAUCCGCAUCGGGCAGCGCUGGCCGGACACGGUGCAGGUCAUAGAGGCCGUGGAGCGCAGACUGCCGCCGCUGCCGAGCCGCGUGACGAGGCAGUGCAACGGCAUCAUGAUCUUCGUGCUGACUGCUGCUUUAGUGGAGCACGUCCUGUGUGUCGUGUACCUAUACAAGGAGGCGAGCGCGUGCCACGAUGGGGACAUCUGGCGCAAGUACUUCACCGACAACAUCCCCUGGAUCUACAACUACAUCCCCUACAGCCCGUGGAAGGCUGUGGUCACGGAGAUGUUUAAUAUCCAUUCCACAUUUAUGUGGAGCUUUAACGAUGCUCUCGUGAUGGUGUGCAGCAUCUACCUCACGCAUCACUUCCUGAAUCACAACCGUCUACUAGAGAAUGUUAUGGGCCAAGAAACAUUUCACCUUAAAGAAUUUAGGAUUCAGUACAAAAACAUGAUGAACUUGGUAAACAUAAUUAACAAAGAAAUCGGGGUCGUCAUAGUCAUAUCAUUCUUCUGCAAUCUGUACUGGAUAUGCAUGCAGUUGUUCAACAGCUUAAACAAAUCCGAUAAUUCCGAUAAUGAUUUUCCUUCAGUUGAGUGUCAACAACGAAGCAUCGCUAACAAGAGCAGCCUGGAACACAAUAUGUACUUCGCAUUUUCGUUCACAUUUCUAUUCGUGAAGGCUCUAUUGGUGUCGUUUCUGGGAGCGCGCAUACACUCCAAUUCCCUGGUUCCUUUGUCUAUGUUAUUUGAAGUUUCUUCUUCAAACUACGAUAUUGAAGUGCAAAGAUUCAUAGAUCAAGUGAAACACUCGCACGUAGCUAUCAGCGGACUGGACUUCUUCCAUGUGACUCGGCAAAUGAUUUUGACGCUGGUGGCUACAAUCGUGACAUACGAGUUGGUCCUUCUGCAGCUGAACAUAGACUCUAUAAUCACGGCCGACGGGAACGCUACUACAACGACCGUCAAACCACUGAGUGUCUGAAUGAAAAAAAACUGCCGUACUCUAGU